UCUGGGGAUCGUGUCAUAUAAUAGUGGCAGUCGAGUCUACUCGGAUCCCUUCAUCGACUGCUUAAGAAAGGGAUAGCCAGCUGCAUCAAAGUAACAACGAUGGUGCUUCAAGCAUUGGGCCUUUUGGUUUUUGCCACUGUAGCAGUGGGUCAAAGUUACGCAUACGAUGGACCCAUUUCUUUAACCAAGGAUGCGUUUUGUCUUAUCAGAAACAUCUCAGACAGUCAGUGUGAUAAACGGUUUCACUCAUUUUUGAGUAACAACACCGAUAUAAAGAAAUGUGCUGGUGGCAGUCCAAUCUUCUCAAAUCGAUGCCCAUCGAGCGAUGAGUCUGCGGCGACCGAUGUUUCAUACAGCAGAAAAAUCAUGGACUUUUCGCUCCGACUUUUCCAAACAGCCUAUCCCAAAGGCAGUCCUGAGAACUACAUACUGAGCCCGGUCAUGGUGCAGACACUUCUGUCCUACCUGAACGAUGGUGCAUCGCAGGCGACACGCCAACAAAUGAAGACCGUUCUUCAGCUUAGUAUGAAAGACCUCAAAGAGAUACGCGGUGUAUUACAACCAACAUCUGCAGCCGAACAUCAUUCAAAAUACAAACUGGAUGUUGCUUCGCAGAUUUUCAAAUCGCAUGAAAUUGAGCUGUUGGACGGUUUUGAGGAUUCGCUUACCCGAAACAAAGUGCCAAUGCAGGAAAUAGAUUUUAGCAAUCCGCAUACCGCUGCGAACGAAAUCAACAGCUGGGUCAGCAGAACUACGCGCGAGAAAAUCACUUCGAUUGUUGAUGAACUCUCUCUGGAUCCGACUACCCAGCUCAUGCUGUUGAAUGCUAUCUACUUCAACGGAAAAUGGCGAUACAGUUUCAAUAAUACAGUACGCAGUACAUUUUAUUUAGGAGGAAAUAAGCAACAUCCGUGCAAGAUGAUGACCCUCCUAGAAGAACUUCGUUACGGCUACACGGGUCCUAACGAGGACGAUCAAAAGCUGUCGUGGGUCGAGCUCCCAUACCAGGGUGAUGAGGUGUCUAUGAUUGUGCUACUCCCUGCAAAGCGUUUCAAACUAGAUGAAGAGUUGCUAAACUUCAAAAUAGCUGAUUUGGAAAACAUACUCACAGAGAUUGAAAAGAACAAUAAGGGCCAAAUUAAGGUUAAGCUACCUAUGUUUAAAUCAGAAAGUGAGGUGUCGCUUGUUGAACCACUGCAACAGAUGGGAUUGCGGAAUGUUUUUGGUGGUGGAAAACCAUUUGCCAAACUAUCCGAUGCAAAUGUAAAGAUUUCCAAUGUCAAACAAAAGUCGUUGUUAUCCGUUAACGAGCGUCAAACGAUUGCCACGAGUGUUACGGAAGUAGGUAUUGUCGGACUCGCGCUGCCUUCGUACCCGGAGUUCAUUGUCAAUCAACCGUUCGCUGCUAUAAUCAUAGAUAGAAAGUCAAAAAUUCCCUUAUUUAUCGCUAGAAUUAGCAAGCCUGAAAGACCGUGAAAACUGAAGAAGAAUGACGAAAUCCGCAAUAGUUACGGCAUGCUUUCAUCGAUCGUACACGAACGCAAAACAAUGAAAAAAAUAUAGCUUGCGUCUAGUAGCAACUUAAAAAGUGCAAAGUUCGAUUGAAGGUUCUUUAAUAAUCAAAACUAAAAGCAAAGAAAUUGACUUCACUAUUAUCUCCAAGACAACAAAGCUGGCAAAAGGCGAAAGAUUUCUGCCAGGGCCGGGUAUCGGACAUUGUUUGAUACUAAUAAGAAGAUGAAACUAAAGCAAACAAUCUACAUCCAAUUUAGAACGCAGAAGAACAACUCGUGCCUACGCACCGGCAUUGGCAAAUAUUUUGGCAGCAGAAACGAUCCUUAAGAUAUUUAACAUAAGGUUCCCGGCACAGCCAACACUGGCGUACCAGCAACAACAACAACAACAAACCAAGCCAACGUCACUCAUCUCAUCGUGUGUUGGCGUGGAGGCACCGAGGAACGAAACCCUGGAAUCGCGACCCCUCGCCUCGAAAACAAAGAAAAGAAUGUUUCGCCACCCACGGUCGUUGGCGCGCCUGUUUGCCAAGUGAAAUCUACCGAGAAAUGAAUAAAG